UCUCAUUAUUAGGCGGCAGUCCAUCUCCCUGUCUCACUGCUCUCUCUCUCUCUCUCAUUAUUAGGCGGCAGUUCAUCUCCCUGUCUCACUGCUGAUUUUUUUCUGUGCCGGUAGUUGGUUUCUUGUCUUCCUGAAAAGAUGCAGGUAAGAAGGCUUUUUGCCUCUUCAGCUUCGUGGAGUCUCACCUUCAGCCCUAUGAUGAUUGUGGCCUCGUGUAACUUGUUGAGGAAGCUCUUGAUUAGAAUCAUCAAGUCCCUUUAUCCUCUCCUCUUUUCCUCAGGGAAACUUGGAGGAUGUUUCUGACACAUGUUCUAUCCUUGGUUUCACUUUUGACUUUGAUCCAGCAAUCAAUACGAAACAGAGAAAAUUGUGUUGAAAGUGGACUUGCACGAUAACAAGGACAAGCAAAAGGCGAUGAAGGCCGUCUCCACGCUUCUAGGGAUCGAUUCCAUCGCGAUGGACAUGAAGGAUAUGAAGAUGACGGUGAUCGGCGCCGCCGAUCCUAUCGACGUCGUGGGCAAACUGCGGAAAUGCUGGCCCACCGACAUCGUCUCGAUCGGGCCGAAGGAAGAGCCGAAGAAGGAAGAUGGCAAGAAGGAGGAGCCGAAGAAGGACGACGCGGAGAAGAAGAAGGAGGCGGAGAAGAUGAUCAAGGAGCUGGUCGAUGCUUACAAGGCAUACAAUCCCUGCAUGACCACGCACUACUACGUCCACAGCGCAGAGGAGAAUCCCAAUGCUUGUGUGAUCCUGUGAGUCAUGUGCAUAUCGGAAGCAACUCAUGGGUGCCAUAGACAUACAUAUGUACCAGUUAAAUAAGCAAGUCAUGUGGCUAUUCCAAUUAAAGUGCACUGUGUGAAGAGGCUUUGGCACUUUACUAGCCAUCAUCUUUGUGAUUUUAUGUAGCUAUUAGUAUGUCAAUUAGCAUACUACUUUUGAUGCAA